AUGGCUGGCUCUGCUGAUGCGGGUUACACUCCUCUGUAUCCGGUUCCCGAUGGGCUUCCCGACGCCGAGAUCCGGACUUUUAUCACCAACUUUUACAAAAUAUCCGAUAAACCGGAGGCGAACGAGCAGUGGGUUGAUCAAUUCACCAAGGAUGCGCGUGUAACUAUUGGGCCUGAGCUCCGUACUAUGCGCGAGGGAAUGUGGUCCGUCGUGGCAUCGCGAAAGCACACAGUCACCAAAGUGUUCCCGGGGCGGUUCAACGACAAUGAAGACAGCAAGGGGGCCGAGCUGAUGCUGCAUGGCGACGUGGCGUACAAGACCAAGGACGGCAACUCGAGCACCGUUCCAUGGGCAGGACAUGCGAUUCUAAAAAAGGUGCAGGUUGAGGGCGGAGAGGAGGCGUGGAAGUUGGCAGAGUACCGGGUAUAUCUGCUCAAGUAG